UAUGAAUAGGUCUUGUUGAAAGCCAAAGUGGAAGAGCAAACUUUUCAAAGGGAGCAUGAAUCACUAAACAGUGAGACUAACCAAGUACAGACAACUCUACCCACAGAACUAUUUGAAGUAGACUGUUAUAUAGUACAUUUAAGCAUUAUGACCAAGGAAGACACUUAUAGGGAAGAAUUUAGUUAUGACAGGAUGCCAACGUUGGAACGUGGAAAGCAAGAAAAUGGAAAUUAUGUUUCAGAUAUGAAAUCUAGUGAUCUUCAACUGUCAAAGCGAUUUCACCCUUGCUUUAGUUAUAGAACUUGGAUCUAUUCUUUACUGAUGGGGACUUGCAUUCUUGUUACCGCUGGAUUUUCGCUUUAUUUGGGGAAUGUUUUUCCAUCUGAAAUGGAUUACUUACGCUGUGCAGCAGGCUCAUGUAUUCCUACAGCAGCUGUAAGUUUUGCCAUAGCCAGAAACAAAGUUAACAUGAUACCCAAUUUUCAGAUGCUCUUUGUGUCUACAUUUGCAAUUACAACCACAUGUUUAGUUUGGUUUGGAUGCAAACUUGUCUUGAAUCCUACAGCAGUAAAUAUAAACUUCAACUUGAUUCUCCUAAUUCUACUGGAAAUUUUCAUGGCAACUACUGUAAUAAUUUCAGCUAGAUCAAAUGAGGAAUGUUGCAGGAGGAAAAAAAUGACUGUAUAUGACAGUACUGGCACAUUGAAUAAUAUCAGUUUUCCUACACGGAUCUUGAAAUCAUACUCGGUCAUUGAAGUGAUAAUUGGCAUUUCUGCUGUGUUUGGUGGAAUAAUUGCGUUGAAUAUGGAUGUGCUGGUCUCCGGCCCAUAUCUUUCAGUAACUUUCUUUUGGAUCUUAGUGGCUUGUUUUCCCAGUGCCAUCGCAAGUCACGUGACUGCUGAAUAUCCAAGUAAAUGUUUGGUAGAGGUCCUGAUUGCCAUAAGCAGUGUCACUUCCCCAUUAUUAUUCACAGCUUCUGGAUACUUGUCCUUCAGUAUCAUGCGAACGGUUGACAUCUUUAAAAAUUAUCCACCAGCUGUUAAACAGUCUUAUGAUGUUCUCCUGCUACUUCUAAUGCUGAUGCUGUUGGUCCAAGCGUUCCUGACCACAGGCACUGUCAUACAGUGUGUAAGCUUCAAGGCAAAAAUGAAAUGGCACGAUUCCUUGUGGGUUGUGCCACAAAUAAGCAAACAGGAGUAUAAAACAACAGAGGUGUCCAAUAAUAGCAUGAAGGAUUUUGACAAAGAAAAGGCUUGGAAAGCUGUCGUUGUACAGAUGGCCCAAUGAUCCGGGUUUAGGAAAUGGAAUCAGGAAGCUUGUUGGAUUUAGGCACGCUAACCUUUGAAUUUAUAGAUACCACAGUCACAAAGUCGAUUGUGUCGCAGCAGUCCCACUGAUUACUUCAGCAUGAUUUGAAGACUGCUGUGCCUAGUCAGAAUAUUAACACAAAGAAAUAACACCUUACUUUAAUCCAUUUUUGUGUGCCUUUCCAAUAGCAUGGGCAUUUGUAUAGUUUCAAGUCUGGGAUACAACUCGCUGCAAGAAACGUUUCACUGAAUGUUAAUUAGCAUCUUAAUCGUAGCUUUUGGGGGGGAAGUUGCAACAAGACUUUACAACCUUGAAGACAUUCAUCUGAAACGUAGCCAGUCUGAAUAGUUAUACAUAAGUAACAAUAAGUGAUAGGUCUUGCUUAUUAUGACCAACUAAUAUAACUGCUAGUAUGCAGUUAAUAGAAUACAUGCUUUUGUAAAGUUAUGGCUGCCUAGUAUAACUGAUGCUUUUGCUUAUGUUUCACAUUUGUAGAAGUUAUCGAGAAUCCCUUAUUACUUUUUUUGUAUAAAAUAAAGCCAUUAUCAAAAGAGGAGCAUA